UUUCCGUUUUUAAGCUCUGCGCUCGUUUCUGGAGCACGCGCGGAAUGAGUGGCUAACGUGUGUAGUUCUCUGUUGCAAUUCGGGUGAAGUUGGAGGAAGCUGGAAGGUCUCAAGGUUCCUGCUGCUGGCUGGCUGACUGACUGGCUGCGCUUAGUUACUUAGUUGAAAAGCUGGGGGGGAGGAAGGUGCGCCUCAGGGCUGCGGGACACCGCGCAUCACUCUCGUCCGCAGAUACACGGUCGUGGGAGCGUUUCUCAGCAGGGUGAAGGGAGAGAGUUCUGAAGAUCUCACUAUGUUCAAAGCAGUACUGAAGAAGAGCAGAGAUGGAGGGAAGGGCAACAGGAAGGAACCAGCUGGUGAGUUUUACACCCACAGUGCCCAACGCAGCUGCCUGAGUGGUGGUCCAGAGCCACUUCUGGAGUUGGGGGGCACCCACCUCUACACCCCCGAGGAUGUCUUCCGCAUGAACUUUGGCAAGGGUGUGUCCAUGUCGCUGCCAUCUUCACCCCUGCUGCCCCGCCAGUCCUACAUGUCACCGUCACGUUCCUGCAAGAGGUCACCAGGUCCAAUCAGAAAGCCCAAGUAUGUGGAGAGCCCGCGUGUUCCCGGAGACGCCGUGGUCUCCGCACUGAGGAAGGCGGCCCAGCACGCGGAGGCUUUGCAGAAUGAGCCACAAGCCGAGAGAGAGCCAGGCUCCUCCUCCUCCUCCUCUCCCUCCCCUGCCACCCAAGAGCUGAUGACAAGGCUGGGCUUCUUGCUGGGAGAAGGUAUCCCAGGAACCACUCGCAUACCUAUGGAAGACAAGAAUGAAAAGAAGUGCACAAUAACCAGUCAAGGAAUAAGCCCCUGCUCAACGCUGACCAGUAGCACGGCCUCCCCUAGCAGAGACAGCCCCUGCUCCACCCUGAACAGCUGCACUAGCCGUGCCCCUGCCAACUGCUCCAGCGCCUGCGGAACUGUCACUAGCCCCAGUUCCACGCUCGAGAGCAAGGACAGUGGCAUCAUCGCAACAAUCACCAGCUCCUCUGAGAAUGAUGAGCGCAGUGGCUCCAGCCUGGAGCGGAGCAAGGAGGGCAGCUUGAGGGAUGGCGGGCACUAUGUCACGGCACACUCUUCGCGGCCGGACGCUUGCUCUCCUGUGGCAGAGGAAGAUCUCCCAGGGCUCCCCGAGGGCGCCAGCAAGGAGGAUCUCGGGGUUCUGGCAGCACCCCCUGUGCAGGGGCCUAUUCAGUACCCCCCACACAGCUCCUCUGCCCCCCCAGUGAUGCCACGCCCCAACUCAGUUGCAGCAACAAGUUCGACCAAGCUGGAAGACCUGAGCUACCUGGAUGAGCAACGCAACACUCCACUGCGAACCUCCAUCCGCCUUCCCUGGCACAGCACCGGAGGGAGGGUGCCGCACGACACCAAAGCCAGAUUUGCCCCCUACAAGCCAGCAGACAUCAUGCUCAAGCCCCUGCUCUUUGAGGUGCCCAGCAUUACCACUGACUCGGUGUUUGUGGGCCGAGACUGGCUCUUUCAGAGGCUCGAGGACACGCUGAGGACGAGCGACCAGGGCGAAGGCCGUGGUGCUGUGGUAGUGGGUAGCGUGGGCUUUGGCAAGACGGCCGUCAUCUCCCGCCUAGUUGCCCUCAGCUGCCAUGGCGGACGCAUGCGUCAGAUUGCUUCCAACAGCCCAACUGCCUCCCCGAAAAGUGGGGACUCGAGCACAGAGUUGCCUCUCAGCCAGCCACCACCACAGCCCACCCCACCCCCAAAUGCCAGCAACACCAUGCGGGGUGGCAGCUGCCCAGGAACGCCUGAGGUCCAGAGACGCAAGGAAGAAGCUGUAAAACGGCUGGCCACCAAGGUUGUGGCAUACCACUAUUGCCAAGCAGACAACACGUACACGUGCCUGGUGCCCGAGUUUGUGCACAGUAUUUCCGCACUGCUGUGCAGAGCGCACCAACUCACUGCCUACAGGGAGCUGCUCCUGAAGGAACCGCACCUGCAGAGCAUGCUCAGUCUGCGCUCCUGCGUUCAGGACCCCUUGGCGGCCUUCCGGAGAGGGGUGCUGGAACCGCUGGUCACGCUCCGCAAGGAGAGGAAGAUACCUGAGGAGGACCUCAUCAUCCUCAUCGAUGGGCUUAAUGAAGCAGAGUUCCACAAACCAGACUAUGGGGACACCAUUGCCUCGUUCAUCACUAAAAUCAUCUCCAAGUUUCCGGUCUGGUUGAAGUUGAUAGUUACCGUGCGAGUCAACCUUCUGGACAUCACCAGUCUCUUGCCAUUCUCCAAGAUCUCGUUGGAUGACUUCCCAGACAACAAGGAAAUCAGCAGUGAUCUCAACGCCUACAUCCAGUAUCGUGUUAGCAGCAGUAAGGAGAUCGUGAACAACAUAUCGCUCAACGGCAAGGCUGACCCCGUGACAGUGGGAAGGUUGAGCACCCACCUUGUCCAGCGUAGCCAGGGCUCCUACCUGUACCUGAAGUUGACCUUGGAUCUGUUUGAACGUGGCCACCUGGUCAUCAAGAGUGCCAGCUACAAGGUGGUGCCCGUCUCUGUGGCUGAGCUCUACCUGUUGCAGUGCAACAUGAAGUUCAUGACCAAUUCUGCCUUCGAGCGUGCACGGCCCAUACUCAACGUGGCCCUGGCGUCACUCCACCCACUGACAGAUGAACAACUCUACCAGGCCAUCAAUGCGGGCAGUGUGGUCGGGGAGCUAGAAUGGGAUGACUUCCAGCAACGUAUGGAGGGCCUCUCCUGCUUUCUCAUCAAGAGGCGUGACAAGACUCGCAUGUUCUGCCAUCCAUCCUUCCGCGAGUGGCUGGUAUGGAGGGCUGAAGGAGAGAACUCAGACUUCCUCUGUGACCCCAGGAGUGGACACGCUCUCAUGGCCUUCAUGCUGUCCCGGCAAGACGGAAAACUAAACCGCCAACAGACCAUGGAACUUGGCCAUCAUAUCCUGAAAGCACACAUUUUUAAGGGUCAGAGUAAGAAGACAGGCAUGUCCUCUAGUGUGCUACAGGCCAUGUGGAUGAGCUGCAGCACCGAUGGUCUGUCAGCUGCCUUGGCUUCCCUCAGAAACCUCUACACACCCAACGUCAAGGUGAGCAGAUUGCUGAUGCUCAGCGGGGCCGGCGUGAACUACCGCACAGAAACGCUGAACAAUGCGCCUGUGCUCUGUGUGCACUCCCACCUGGGCCAUCAGGAGAUGGCCGGUCUCCUUCUGGAGUUCGGGGCCUCCGUGGACGGCGCCUCCGAGACCGGUGCCACGCCCCUCUGUUUUGCGGCCGCCGCCGGCCACCUCGGCCUGGUGAGCCUGCUCUGCAAGAGGGAGGCGAAGGUUGACCACGUGGACAAGAGCGGUCAGUGUGCCCUGGUACACGCUGCUCUGAGGGGCUACCCUGACAUUAUCCAGUUCCUGCUAGAGCUUGAGUGGAACCCCGAGGGCCAGCAGCAGGACUGUGGCACCAAGAAUAAAGCCCUCCAACAAGCCCUUAUUGCUGCUUCCAGUAUGGGCCACACCCAGGUUGUGAGGAGCUUGCUAGCGCUGGAUGGGGAGCACACGGUCCAUAUUGAUGGUCAUGACACUCUGUGGGGAGAGACAGCUCUGACAGCGGCAGCAGGUCGGGGGAAGCUGGAGGUGUGCAAUUUCCUCCUGGAGCAGGGAGCCGUGGUGCAGCAGGCCAACCGCAGGGGCAUCUCCCCGCUCUUCUGCGCUGUGAGGCAAGGCCAUUGCCAGAUUGUGAACCUGCUGCUGCAGCAUGGUGCGGACGUGAAUGUCAGCGACAAGCAGGGACGCACCUUGCUCAUGGUGGCUGCCUGCGAGGGCCACCUUAACACAGUUGACUUCCUGCUGUCAAAAGGUGCUUCUUUAACGUCAGUGGAUAAGGAGGGAUUAACGCCCCUGAGCUGGGCGUGUUUGAAAGGACACAAGAAUGUCGUUCAGUGUUUAGUGGAGAAGGGUGCGGUCAUAGAUCACACUGACAAGAAUGGACGAACUCCGCUUGACCUGGCUGCGUUCUACGGUGACGCGGAUAUUGUCCAUUACUUGGUGGAAAGGGGAGCUGUGAUUGAGCAUGUGGACUACAGUGGGAUGAGACCGUUGGACCGGGCCAUUGGGUGCCGGAACACGUCGGUGGUGGUGACCCUAUUGAAGAAAGGAGCCAAGCUGGGGAACGCGGCCUGGGCGAUGGCGACGUCCAAACCGGACAUUCUCAUCAUCCUCCUUCAGAAGCUCAUGGAAGAAGGCAACCUGCUGUAUAAGAAAGGGAAGAUGAAGGAAGCAGCUCAGAGGUACCAGUAUGCCCUCAGGAAAUUCCCCAGGGAGGGCUUUGGAGAUGACCUGAAGGCCUUCAAGGAGCUCAGGGUCUCGCUGUACCUCAACCUCUCCCGCUGCCGCAGGAAAACCAACGACUUUGGCAUGGCGGAAGAAUUUGCGACGAAGGCACUCGAGCUGAAACCAAAGUCAUACGAGGCCUAUUAUGCCCGAGCCCGAGCGAAACGGAGCAGCAGGCAGUUUACAGCUGCCCUGGCUGACCUGCAUGAGGCAGCCAAGCUCUGCCCGAACAACCGGGAGAUCCGCCGACUGCUGGUGCGUGUAGAGGAUGAGUGCAAGCAGCUACAGAGGGCCCAACAGAAGCAGGGGCCCCCUGGGCAGUCGCAGCCCAACCACGACUCGGACCAAGAAGAGGAGGAGGGUCCUGGCGGCCGAGCGCCCGAGAGGGAGCUGGACAUCCAGAGUCCACCGGGGCCAAGGGACCCUGAUGUGGAAGAGUCGCCCCAGGUUGCAUGGCCGCAGAACAUCUACUCUGUGAACAGGACUCCGGAUGCAGCAGGAGCUGCCCCGCCAAACCUCAGGCCUGAGUCGCCCCCUGGCCGGCCAGCUCACAAGUACCUUCGGGAGCCGCUGGCCCAGCAGGGCUUGGUCCUUCAGCCCUCGAAACAAGCCCAGAUUGUGAAAACCAACCAGCAUAUGAAUUCCCUGCAGGCUGGGGCCAGGUCUGCAGGCAAGAGCCAUGGCCAGUACCCUUCCUCCAGCCCCCUGCCCAGCCGUCACAUGUGCAGUGUGCUGAAACCAGGCCCUGGAAUUGACAUAAACAUCAACCCCCUUCCCCCAGAUGACCUUGGAACCAGUUUUGAGGAACCACUGGAUCCCCAGGCCUCCACGCAGACCUGCAGUGCUCCAGUGAAAGUUUCAGAGAGGCUCACUGCCCUCUCUGCAUCCUCUUUGGAUGCAUUGAUGCCAGCUGUGCACUUGGGUGCACCACUGAGCGGCGCUGGCCUGGAGGCCAGGAAGGAGUCGGCAGCCACGACAGCACCAGGGUCACAGGCAGGUAGCAUGAAGGUGUCCAGCUCCACUAGCAGCCUGGCUUCCAGCAGCAGCCUCUCAGACAGCGGCAAGCUGCAGGGACCAGAUGUCCGCAACAAGACUACUGUGGACAAAGCCAAACAGGUGCAGGGAGGAGGAGCUGAGUACAAGCCCCGCCCUUUCAUGGGGAUCAUGGACAAGACAGCUCGCUUCCAGCAGCAGCUGCAGCACCAGGGCCGUAGCUGGCAGAGUCACUCCUCGGAGGGGCUAGUGGGUCACGCCACAGGCCUGCAGGCUGCGAGCUGCGAGCUGCCGUACGGAAAGCCGGGGGGCGCCUGCCACGAGCAGCCGGUGGGCACGUCCCAGAACCUCGCAGGGAGCAUCCACAACGGGAUGCACUCCAAGGAAUUCACCGAAAGGUUUAGCCAAGCUGCCACCUGCUACAAGGAAUCCAAGCCAGCCGUGACCAUGCCGCAUUCCUACUUGGACAGCAAACCUAAGCAGUCCAGCCUGGCCAGAGAUAAUCCCACUGUUCACGUUUCAUCGAUGAAACCAAAGCGAUCCUUUAUAGAGUCCAAUGUAUAAGUCACUCCUUUGGUGCUCCAGGCAAGGAAAUUUUUUUCUUAUUGAAAAGUGGGUGGGGUGGGGGGCAGUUUUUAUGUUUUCUUUUUUUCUCCUCCAGUUUGGAUCCUUGCAGGAGUUUGCAGGCUGUUUAUUCAUGUAUGUCUGUAGUAACAGAUGACAGGGCACAUGUUUAGGUACAGGUUUAAUCUUUUCUUGCUUAAACGACAAUAUGGCCCCCUUUGCGCCUACAGAACUGCAUGUGUGCCUCUAUUCAGCCAAGCUGGAUGCUGCACUGACUCAUAAGACGUGUGUGUGCGCAGAGGAGAACCACAGCGGCACUUUAACAGGCCAGUUCGGUGUGUAAACUGAAUGUUACCGCACAUUGGUGUUAUGUAGAGUAGAAGAGCUUCUGCGUUGAGUAAUUCAACGGUGCUGAUUGUGAGACAGAAAAGGACGUUCAGUUGAAGGUUAGUGGUCAGGUCGGAGAUGGACAUUCCUAUAUUUUUCAGAAGGCUAUUGAGAUUUCUCACUUUGUACAUACAUAGUUCACCCCUUUACGUGAAGGUCUCAGUCAUAGUAAUUGACUGUUCAGAUGUCUGCCCAUUUUUUUCAUGCAGUUAGAUUCAGGUGGUGUUGAAGGUUUUUAAGUGUGUUUCUCAUGUAUGUUUGUACAUUGUAUAAAUUGUCCUAUGUUUAACUAAAGCCUUUCUUUAUCUGCUUGUUUGUUGCCGUCUAGGUUAAUUUAUUUACUGCUCCUAUGGCUUGGUCAAUUGUAAAAGCAAUAUAUUUUAUAUAGUUAUUUUUGCACAGCUACUAAGACAUUUUCAGAUUUCAAUGAGGCUUUGAGAAUUUUGGUUGAAACGCAUGCUACAGGUGCAGUUUUUAAUAAAGAUUAUAAAAUCUAUAACGUUUUAGGGUUGGGGACAUCAGUUAUAUUUUAAUGUUAUAUGCAAUUGUUGACAUGUUUUCAGUACUGUGAGCUGUAUUUGUUAUCACAUACUCUCCUAUAAUAUUACUGCCAUACCACCAAUGGGGG